AUGCGUCCCGAGAUCGAGCAGGAGCUGGCACACACCUUGUUGGUGGAGCUACUCGCCUACCAAUUCGCCUCCCCCGUCCGAUGGAUUGAAACCCAAGAUGUCGUUCUCGCUGAACAGCGCACUGAGCGCAUUGUUGAGAUUGGUCCCGCAGAUACCCUCGGUGGAAUGGCCCGCCGCACACUCGCCUCCAAGUAUGAGGCUUAUGAUGCCGCUACCUCCGUGCAACGUCAAAUCCUCUGUUACAAUAAGGACGCCAAGGAGAUCUACUACGAUGUCGAUCCCGUAGAGGAUGAGCCCGAGCCAACCCCCGCUGCGGAUGCCGCCCCUGCUUCCGGUGGUUCAGCUCCCGCCGCUGCUCCUGUUGCUGCUGCACCUGCAGCCCCCAGUGCUGGUCCCGCCGCCGCUGUCGAAGAUGUUCCCGUCACUGCCGUCGAUAUUCUGCGAUCUCUCGUGGCGCAGAAGCUGAAGAAGGGUCUGGCCGAUGUGCCAUUGACAAAAGCUAUUAAAGAUCUCGUUGGAGGUAAAUCUACAUUACAAAAUGAAAUCCUGGGUGAUCUGGGCAAGGAAUUCGGCUCAACUCCCGAAAAGCCCGAGGACACUCCCCUCGAUGAGCUUGGUGCCGCCAUGCAGGCCACUUUCAACGGCCAAUUGGGCAAGCAAUCCUCCUCCCUCAUUGCCCGAACCGUCUCCUCAAAGAUGCCCGGUGGCUUCAAUAUCACAGCUGUGCGCAAAUACUUGGAAACCCGCUGGGGUCUGGGCUCCGGUCGUCAGGACGGUGUCCUCCUGCUUGCCAUUACAAUGGAGCCGGCCUCCCGUCUUGGCUCAGAGGCCGAUGCCAAGGCCUUCCUCGACGAUGUCACCAACAAAUACGCCGCCAGCGCUGGCAUCAACCUGUCUACUCCUGCCGCCGGUGGUGACGCCGGUGGUGGUGGCGGCGGUAUGAUGAUGGACCCCGCUGCCAUUGAUGCUCUGACCAAGGAUCAACGGGCUCUGUUCAAGCAGCAGCUCGAGGUGAUUGCCCGCUACUUGAAGAUGGACCUGCGUGCCGGUGACAAGGCUUUCAUUACCUCUCAAGAAACCCAGAAGGCUCUUCAAUCACAAAUCGAUCUGUGGCAGGCCGAGCACGGCGACUUCUACGCCUCCGGCAUUGAGCCCUCCUUCGAUCCCCUCAAGGCUCGUGUCUACGACUCCUCUUGGAACUGGGCUCGUCAGGACGCCCUGAGCAUGUACUACGAUAUCAUUUUCGGUCGCCUCCAAGUGGUGGAUCGUGAAAUUGUCAGCCGUUGCAUUCGCAUCAUGAACCGCUCCAACCCUCUUCUCCUCGACUUCAUGCAGUACCACAUUGACAACUGCCCCACUGAGCGCGGCGAGACCUACAAAUUGGCCAAGGAGCUGGGCCAACAACUCAUCGAGAACUGCAAGGAGGUCAUGGAUGUGCCCCCCGUCUACAAGGAUGUCAACGUCCCUACCGGCCCCGAGACGACCAUCGACUCCAAGGGCACCAUCGGCUACAAGGAGGUGUCCCGGUCCAGUGCCCGCAAGCUGGAGCACUACGUCAAGCAGAUGGCUGACGGUGGUCCCAUCUCCGAGUACAGCAACCGCAACAAGGUGCAGAAUGACCUGAAGAACGUUUACAAGCUCAUCCGCAAGCAACAUCAUCUCUCCAAGUCUUCCCAACUCCAGUUCGAUGCUCUGUACAAGGACGUCCUGCACGCCUUGAACAUGAACGAGAGCCAGAUCAUGCCCCAGGAGGGUGGCAACAAGUCGGGCAUCAAGCGUCCUCUUAACCCCGGCAAGGUCGAGACCAUUCCCUUCCUCCACCUGAAGAAGAAGAGCGGAGACAGCUGGGACUACAACAAGAAGCUUACCGGUAUCUACCUGAACGUUCUCGAGUCCGCUGCCUCUGGAGGUCUCACCUUCCAGGGCAAGAAUGUCCUCAUGACUGGCGCUGGUGCUGGUUCUAUUGGUGCUGAGGUCCUGCAGGGUCUCAUCAGUGGUGGUGCCAAGGUUGUUGUUACCACCAGCCGAUUCUCUCGUGAGGUGACCGAGUACUACCAGGCCAUGUACGCCCGUUACGGUGGCCGCGGCUCCCAGCUUGUUGUUGUGCCCUUCAACCAGGGUAGCAAGCAGGAUGUCGAGGCCCUUGUCGACUACAUCUACGACACCAAGAAGGGUCUUGGCUGGGAUCUCGACUUCGUUGUUCCCUUCGCUGCCAUCCCCGAGAAUGGACGCGAGAUUGACAACAUCGAUUCCAAGUCUGAGCUGGCUCACCGUAUCAUGUUGACCAACCUGCUCCGCAUGCUGGGUUCCGUCAAGACCCAGAAGCAGGCUCACGGCUUCGAGACUCGUCCCGCCCAGGUCGUUCUGCCUCUGUCCCCCAACCACGGUACCUUCGGUAACGAUGGUCUCUACUCCGAGUCCAAGCUGGCUCUGGAGACCCUGUUCAACCGUUGGUACUCGGAGAACUGGGGCAACUACCUCACCAUUUGCGGUGCAGUCAUUGGCUGGACCCGUGGUACUGGUCUGAUGAGCGGCAACAACAUGGUUGCCGAGGGUGUUGAGAAGCUUGGUCUCGACCCCGUCUGGGCCGAUCUGAACGGUGGUCUGCAGUUCAUCCCCGACCUCAAGGGAUUGAUGACCAAGCUGCGCACCGACAUCAUGGAGACCAGCGAUGUCCGCCAGGCUGUCAUCAAGGAGACCGCCAUCGAGCACAAGGUUGUCAACGGCGAGGACAGCGGCGUUCUGUACAAGAAGGUCGUUGCCGAGCCCCGUGCCAACAUCAAGUUCGAGUUCCCCAAGCUUCCCGACUGGGAGGAGGUCAAGCCCAUCAACGAGUCUCUCAAGGGUAUGGUCAACUUGGACAAGGUUGUUGUCGUCACUGGUUUCUCCGAGGUCGGUCCUUGGGGUAACUCCCGUACCCGUUGGGAGAUGGAGUCCAGCGGCAAGUUCUCCCUGGAGGGCUGCGUUGAGAUGGCCUGGAUCAUGGGUCUGAUCAAGCACCACAACGGUCCCCUCAAGGGCAAGUCCUACUCCGGCUGGGUUGAUGCCAAGACCGGCGACCCCGUCGACGACAAGGAUGUCAAGCCCAAGUACGAGAAGUACAUUCUCGAGCACACCGGUAUCCGUCUGAUCGAGCCCGAGCUGUUCAAGGGUUACGACCCCAAGAAGAAGCAGCUGCUGCAGGAGAUCGUCAUCCAGGAGGACCUCGAGCCCUUCGAGGCCUCCAAGGAGACUGCCGAGGAGUUCAAGCGUGAGCACGGCGACAAGGUCGAGAUCUUCGAGAUCCCCGACUCUGGCGAAUUCACUGUCCGUCUUCGCAAGGGUGCCAACCUGCUCAUCCCCAAGGCUCUGCAGUUCGACCGCCUGGUCGCUGGUCAGGUCCCCACCGGCUGGGAUGCCAGCCGCUACGGUAUCCCCGAUGAUAUCAUCGAGCAGGUCGACCCCGUCACCCUGUUCGUCCUGGUGUGUACCGCCGAGUCGAUGCUGUCCGCUGGUAUCACCGACCCGUACGAGUUCUACAAGUAUGUCCACCUGUCUGAGGUUGGUAACUGCAUUGGUUCCGGUAUCGGUGGUACCCACGCUCUGCGCGGUAUGUACAAGGAUCGUUACCUGGACAAGCCUCUGCAGAAGGAUAUCCUGCAGGAGUCUUUCAUCAACACGAUGAGCGCCUGGGUGAACAUGCUGCUGCUGUCUUCCACCGGUCCCAUCAAGACCCCCGUCGGUGCCUGCGCCACUGCUGUCGAGUCCGUUGACAUUGGUUACGAGACCAUUGUCGAGGGCAAGGCCCGUGUCUGCUUCGUUGGUGGUUUCGAUGACUUCCAAGAGGAGGGCUCUUACGAGUUCGCCAACAUGAAGGCUACCAGCAAUGCCGAGGAUGAGUUCGCUCACGGCCGUACUCCCCAGGAGAUGUCGCGUCCUACCACCACUACCCGUGCCGGCUUCAUGGAGUCCCAGGGUUGCGGUAUGCAACUGAUCAUGAGUGCCCAGCUCGCUCUGGACAUGGGUGUCCCCAUCCACGGUAUCAUUGCCCUGACCACCACCGCCACUGACAAGAUCGGUCGCUCCGUACCCGCUCCCGGCCAAGGUGUCCUCACCACUGCCCGUGAGAACCCCGGCAAGUUCCCCUCGCCUCUGCUGGACAUCAAGUACCGCCGUCGCCAGAUGGAUCUGCGCAAGAAGCAGAUCAAGGAAUGGCAGGAGUCUGAACUGCUCUAUCUCCGCGAGGAGGCCGAGGCCAUGAAGGCCCAGGGCGACGAGACCUUCAACGAGUCCGAGUACCUGCAAGAGCGCGCCCAGCACAUCGAGCGCGAAGCCAUCCGCCAAGAGAAGGAUGCUCAGUUCAGCCUGGGCAACAACUUCUGGAAGCAGGAUUCGCGCAUCGCUCCUCUCCGCGGUGCCCUUGCAACCUGGGGUCUGACCGUCGACGACAUCGACGUCGCCUCUUUCCACGGUACAUCCACCGUUGCCAACGACAAGAACGAGUCCGACGUCAUCUGCCAACAACUCAAGCACCUCGGUCGCAAGAAGGGUAACGCCGUCUUGGGUAUCUUCCAGAAGUACCUCACCGGUCACCCCAAGGGUGCCGCCGGAGCCUGGAUGUUCAACGGGUGUCUCCAAGUGCUGGAAUCCGGUCUCGUCCCCGGUAACCGCAACGCGGACAACGUGGACAAAGUGAUGGAGAAAUUCGACUACAUCGUCUAUCCCAGCCGCAGCAUCCAAACCGACGGCGUCAAGGCAUUCAGCGUGACAUCCUUCGGUUUCGGUCAAAAGGGCGCCCAGGUCAUCGGUAUUCACCCCAAGUACCUGUAUGCCACUCUGGACGCAGCCCAAUACGCAACCUACAAGUCCAAGGUCGAAGCCCGUCAAAAGAAGGCCUACCGCUACUUCCACAACGGUCUGAUCAACAACUCCAUCUUCGUCGCCAAGUCCAAGGCCCCCUACGAAGAUGACCAGCAAAGCAAGAUCUUCCUAAACCCAGACUACCGCGUCAGCGUCGACAAAAAGACUUCCGAACUGAAGUACGCAUCCACAGCCCCCAAGACCGAAGAAAGUGCGCAAACCGCGCAAAUGGUCGAGUCGUUGGCCAAAGCCCACGCAACCGAAAACUCAAAGGUCGGCGUCGACGUCGAAAACAUCGACGCAGUAAACAUCGACAAUGACACCUUCGUCGAGCGAAACUUCACCCCAACCGAACAAGCCUACUGUCGCAAGGCCGCGUCUCCCCAGUCCUCAUUUGCGGGCCGCUGGAGCGCUAAGGAGGCUGUUUUCAAGUCCCUUGGUGUUUCUAGCCAGGGUGCUGGUGCUGCUUUGAAGGAUAUUGAGAUUGGGGUUGAUGCUACUGGUGCACCCGUUGUUGAGCUUCAUGGUCAGGCUGCGGCUGCUGCUAAGGCUGCUGGUGUUAAGUCUGUUAAUGUCAGUAUUAGUCACAGUGAGUCGCAGGCUGUUGCUGUUGCUGUUUCGCAGUUUUAG